CUUACAGUUAUGAAGGCUAAGUCCAAGGUCAAGGGCCUGUAUCUGGUGAGGGCCUUCUUGCUAGUGAGGACUCUCUGUAUAUAGAGUUCCAAGGUGUCACAGAGUGUCACAUGGGGAGGGCACGGAGCAUGCUAACAUGCUAGCUCAGGUUCCUCUUCCUCUUCUCAUAAAGCCACCAGUUUCCCUCUCCUGAUAAACCAUUAAUCCAUGAACCCAUUAGUCCAUGAAUGGAUUAAUACUUUCAUGAGGGUGGAGUGCUUGUGAUCCAAUUACCUUUUAAAGUUCCCACCUUUCAAUACUGACACAUUGGGGAUUAAGUUUCAAAAUGGGUUUUGGAGGAAGUAAAUAUUCAAACCAUAGCUCCAACUAAAUAAGUUGAAAGAGCAGGGGGGUAAAGCACUUGGGGAAUAAAGCACCAGCUCCAAGAGCUGAAUUUUCUUCAAGCCCAGCUGCUGAAAUGGCCUGCUGUACCCUUCAAAGCAGUUUACCUAGUAACUAGUGAAACAACCUGCCAUGACUCCAAGACUAAUUUUACCUACAGCCACCAGUCACCAGUCAGAGCUUGGCAGCCUCCCAAAGCUUCUCUAGUGCCAAUGAGCUUUUCAAAACAAAAUGUAACAUUUCUCUUUCUAAUAAAAACCUCCAACCUUCUCUUUGUUCUUAGGACAUACUGAAGACCAUUCUGCUCUGUGUAUAUGUAUUGAAUUGCAAUUCUGUGAUUUUCAAACAAACAAAAUAUUUAAUUUAGAUAUUUGUCUAUUUUAUGUUGACCAUGACACCUGUCUUAAGGAGCUCACAGGCUGGUAAAGGAACAUAAGACGUUUUAAACAUUUAGCAAAAACUAAAAGGUAAUAUGCCAAAUAAAUUAUGGAGACUAGGAUUUUCAGUCUGUGGCUUACUCUUCCUCAGUAGUUGGAGAACAAGUACCAAAGGUUCGCAAAUUCAAAAGGUUUGUCUGUAGGGUGAGGAAAUUAACAGGCCACAUAUAUAUUUAACUCUUUCACAUAUGGACAUUCUGUUAUGUUUAUUAAAAUACACAUUUUUUUCCUCUACAAAUUCACAGUAGGUUUUUGUCAUACACUUUGGGUUCUGAAAUAUUUUGGUGUUAGAGGGCUUCAUUCUCAAGAAGGUUAGAAGCCGCAGAUCCGAACAAAAGUGCUCUCAGAGUACAGAAGAAAGAGCUCUUCAGCUUGCUAAGGUCUGGCCAGGCUUCAAGGAGGAGAUGGAAUCUGAGCUGAGUAUUGGGAAAUGGGUAGAAUUUGAAUAGGUGGAGAAGAGAUGGAAUGCAUUCUAAAUGAGGAAACAAUACAAACAAAGGUAGGAUAGUUUGGGAGACUGUUAGGAGACCAGUUUAGCUGAAGAAGGAAUUGAUAGUAGAUAAGGUUGGAAGGAUCAGUUGGAGCCAAACUGUGGAGGACCCUGAAUAGUAAGCUAAGGAAUUUGGAUUUCAUCCUGGAGUCAGUAGAGAAGCCACUGAAUAUUUUGAGCAAGGGGCUGAUAUGGUGGAAGUGUUUUAGGUGUUAAUCUGGCAGCAGUUGCAAGGAUAGACUGGAUUGGGGGACAGAUGAGCAUUAGUGUAGAGGCUCAUGUAAUCUUCUCAGAUUGUGUGUGUUAGGAAACUGAGCUAGUGUAGAAGAAUGAGUUGCAAAACAAAAAGGAACAUGGAGUUGUAAAAGACAUUACAAAGGAGCAGUUAUGAUUUACCAUAUAUUUCUUUUACAAAAAAAAAGUCAAUUAGUCUAGACCACCCCAUAAGUAAUUGCACAUGCUGCUAUUAAUAUAUGCUGUACUUUCCAUGAAUAGCAGGUUUUGAAAUGGACCAAUGUUUCUUUUUGGCCAUGUAUACCCUUAAAUUCAAGUUUAGUCUGGAUGUGUUUAUUUGGCUUUCAUAAGAUUGUACCAGGUGUACCAUUGAACAGCUAACGUUUUUUCCUGCCCUCCUUUAAGAUAAAGAUGGCCUCAACUUUACUCUUUGGAGAGAGAAUGAUCAUAUGCUAUAUAGCCAAUGCAAACACAAAAGAAUGUCUUGUUUCCUAAAUGGGAAUUAACUAAAGAAAACACAUUUAGUUCAUGGAUAUAUGCACUUUUAGGUGAAGCAGAGAUAAUCAAAUGACUACUUGUAAUAUUGAAUUAAUCAUGCAUUUAGAGAUGUCAAAUGUAUAAAUUUAGCAAUGCUGCUUUUUUCCACUUUCAUAUUUUAUGCAACAAUUUUAUUCUCUUCACAUCUCCCUCGCUGCCCCUUUUUAAAUCAUUUGACACAGUUUCUAAAAACACAUUUCUAUUUCUGCCUCAUGGUUUGAGAAAGAGACUCAUUAAAUCUGUGAGCGAUACUGUCGUUGAAUCUAACCCAUAACAGAACGUUGCAUGUUUGUGCUUUUGCGAUCCUCUACAGCAUAAUUGUGUUGCUCUAUAAAGGGUUCUUUUGAGGCUUAUUUGCAGCAAUACCCAACAUUUGCUUUUGUGGGUUAUGUCCCAUGAAUUAUUACAAAUGGAUGAUAAUUUAUUUACCUUUCUUUUUACUGAUUCAGGUGGGAUCCUCUCUAAACCUACAAAAAUUUCAGUAAUUGAUAGUUUAUGCUAAUGUGUCUUCUCCAAAUAGUACCCUUUUCAAAAUAACAUAACUGACACAUGUUCCGUAAAUUAGAUGCUUUGCAAAACCUGCUUAUCAGUAGACUGAGUGAUGAUUUGGAGGGAAUAAACUGUCAUCUUGAUUUUAGCAUAAACAGUGUUUUUAUUUGUCCUGUGCAAUGUCCCUAGUAGUAUGAAGUCACUUGUAAACUGUUUUUUAAGUCAGUUUAUCUUUAUUCAUUCCCUCAGUAAAUAUUGAUUUCCAACUGCAAGCCAAACCUUGGGCUAAGUCCUGUAGAGAUACAGUCAUGUAAAUUAAAAAAAUGUGGCCUAGUGUUUUUGGUCUUAGAGGAUCUUUUUAUGUCAUGAAGCAGUUUAUCAUAUAUUGAAAUGGAUAAGACUUUCCAAUAUGAAAUGAGAUAGAAUAGGACAUAUAUUCUAAAGGAGGCACAAACACAGACAUAGUUCAAGGAAUGGGAAACCACCCCUGAGUACUAGAUCAGAGAAGACUUAAGGAAACAGGUGGGAUUUUAGUUGAACCUUGAAGAAACUGUGGGAUUGAGUCAUGUGUAAAAUCCAUAGAAUAUUCAGUGUCAGAGGGAAGGGUACUACAAAGCUGUAGAUUUGAGGAAGCAUUAAACAUCUUAGGAGGCCAGUUGGUUUAAAUGAUGUCCAGUAUAUGGAUAUGUGGUUCUUUAUCUGUAAAUGGGGAUAUUAGUGCCACACAGGAAAGUUGGGACAAUUAGAUGAGAUUUUGUAUUUUUUCAGUACUCUUGCAUUCCUGCAAAUUAUUCUUUGUUAUGCAAAUAUAAAGUGUAUGAAAGAAAUGAAAUGAAAAAUAAAGCAAAGAAAAUAAGAAAAGUUCUGUGUCAACGUAUAGGGGGCCUUAAAUACAUGAUUAGAGAUUGGGAACUUAAUUCAGAAGGAAGUGGAGAACCUGCUGAAGACCCCAGAGCCAGGAGUGACUCAUGCAUAUCUAAAUUAUGAAAAGAUGAAUAUUUGUUUCCAAAGCAGGGAGAAUAGAUGCUGAAAGUCCAAUUUGCUAACUUUCGUAAGAGAAGAGGCAGAAGGUAAUUAGGAUAGUGGCUGUGAAAUUAGAAAGAAGAUGCUUGUAAAAGAUUAGAGUCGUGGAAAUUAUAGAGUUUGGCUAGGACAGAAAUGAUUGUGAGAGAACAUGCGGACAAGAAGGAGGUGAAAUUAUAGAACCACAGAGUAGACAAAGGAAGAAAACCUAGAGAAAAAGAAAUACAGUGGGGAGAGGAGAACUAUUGCUAUGUUAUAUUGAACAAUCAUUUUUUAAAAAAGUGUCAAGGAAUAAGGCUUAUUCUAUACAAUUGAGGAAAGUUAGGAUUAAGAAGAGUUUGAACUGGGCAGUUGAGAAAGUCUUAUUGGUAAAACAGGUUAAACACUGCUCAAGGAAAGAAAACCUUCAUUGAAAUUAAUUCUACAUGGAAAACUGGGAAAUGUUGCAGGAAGAUGAAGGAUUUAAUGCAGCAUCAACAUUCUUUAGAAAAUAGUUGGUGUGGAAGGGAAAUAGUUGGUGGGGAAGGGCUAAAGAUUGUGAGGGAUGAGGUAUGUCUCAGGAGCUUAAGGAACAUGGAAAAAACUCAGUGGAAACUGUUUCAGACAGUUGUCAAGAGAUGGAAAAGGGGGUCUGGCAAGCAACAGGGUGACUCAAAAGAAUAAAGACAGAAUACAAUUAAGUGGACUGCCAGCAUGCUGGCACCUGUUCUGCCAUACUCAUCCAUCUGGAACAGCAGCAGAACAGUGAACAAUGAGAGAUUGCCCAUCCUGAGAUUAAAAAUUGGCAAAAAAGAUGCUAGGAGAAAUGAGACCACACAUCAACCUAGGACGGGAACUAGACAUGACUGGCUCUGGGUUUCAGGCUAGGCAAGGGAGGCUGUGAAGCAGGAGUGGGAUAAUAGAUAGGGAUUUGGAAAGAUGGGAUAUUCUGAUGAGGAGUAAUAGCAAGUAAGUGAAUGAAUGAGGUGAAAGGUGGUAUUUCAUGGAGGUAAUGCAAUUCCAGGUAUGGGUGCAACUGAACAUUUUAAUAACCAAUAUGGAAUGAAGGUAACUCUUUUUGAAGUAGAAGAGAUGAAGGAAUCAUAAAGAGUGGGAGAGGGAUGGUAAACUGAGUUUUUAAAGUCCCUGCAUAAUAUGGUAGGAAACAAAACUAAAAGAAAGAUUGAGUUUGUGCCAAGCAAAGACAAGCUGUGCUUACUCUAACAGUUUGAGAAAAGUUGUGAUAUGAGCUUAGGUGCUGCUGGGGAGGGCCUGCAGGUCACCCAGGCUGCUGCCUUCCCUGCACAUUGCGGCAUGAAUUAUUUGUAACACACAGGCUGGCUCCUUAGUCCAGCAGGCGGUACUGUCCUUUGUGGGUGAACUUGGUUUAUUAAAACAGCCCACAUAAUUUAUGGUGAAAAAUAUAACUAAUCAAAUGGACAGAAUAUUUGUUUCUUCUGAGUGGUCUGUCAUCUUCUGCAGAUGCAGAAGUCUUGUGCAUGACUGGAACCUUCAAAGUAUAACCAGACGUUGCUGGAUGAGCAUGGAAUCAUGUUAAAACAGAGCCAAUGAGCAGCAGUGAAACAGCUUCAACGACAGCAGACGGGUCUUUAGACAAUUUCUCAGGUUCAGCAAUUGGGAGCAGUAGCUUCAGCCCACGACCAACUCACCAGUUCUCUCCACCACAGAUUUACCCUUCCAACAGACCAUACCCACAUAUUCUCCCUACCCCUUCCUCACAAACUAUGGCUGCAUAUGGGCAAACACAGUUUACCACAGGAAUGCAACAAGCUACAGCCUAUGCCACGUACCCACAGCCAGGACAGCCGUACGGCAUUUCCUCAUAUGGUGCAUUGUGGGCAGGCAUCAAGACUGAAGGUGGAUUGUCACAGUCUCAGUCGCCUGGACAGACAGGAUUUCUCAGCUAUGGCACAAGCUUCAGUACCCCUCAACCUGGACAGGCCCCAUACAGCUACCAGAUGCAAGGUAGCAGUUUUACAACAUCAUCAGGAUUAUAUACAGGAAAUAAUUCACUCACAAAUUCCUCUGGAUUUAAUAGUUCACAGCAGGACUAUCCAUCUUACCCCAGUUUUGGCCAGGGUCAGUACGCACAGUAUUAUAACAGCUCACCGUAUCCAGCACAUUAUAUGACCAGCAGCAACACCAGCCCAACGACACCAUCCACCAAUGCCACUUACCAGCUUCAAGAACCACCAUCUGGCAUCACCAGCCAAGCAGUUACAGAUCCCACAGCAGAGUACAACACAAUCCACAGCCCUUCAACACCCAUUAAAGAUUCAGAUUCUGAUCGAUUGCGUCGAGGUUCAGAUGGGAAAUCACGUGGACGGGGCCGAAGAAACAAUAAUCCUUCACCUCCCCCAGAUUCUGAUCUUGAGAGAGUGUUCAUCUGGGACUUGGAUGAGACAAUCAUUGUUUUCCACUCCUUGCUUACUGGGUCCUACGCCAACAGAUAUGGGAGGGAUCCACCCACUUCAGUUUCCCUUGGACUGCGAAUGGAAGAAAUGAUUUUCAACUUGGCAGACACACAUUUAUUUUUUAAUGACUUAGAAGAAUGUGACCAAGUCCAUAUAGAUGAUGUUUCUUCAGAUGAUAAUGGACAGGACCUAAGCACGUAUAACUUUGGAACAGAUGGCUUUCCUGCUGCAGCAACCAGUGCUAAUUUAUGUUUGGCAACUGGUGUACGGGGCGGUGUGGACUGGAUGAGAAAGUUGGCCUUCCGCUACAGACGGGUAAAAGAGAUCUACAACACCUACAAAAAUAAUGUUGGAGGUCUGCUUGGUCCAGCUAAGAGGGAAGCCUGGCUGCAGUUGAGGGCUGAAAUUGAAGCCCUGACCGACUCCUGGUUGACACUGGCCCUGAAAGCACUCUCGCUCAUUCACUCCCGGACAAACUGUGUGAAUAUUUUAGUAACAACUACUCAGCUCAUCCCAGCACUGGCGAAAGUCCUGCUAUAUGGAUUAGGAAUUGUAUUUCCUAUCGAAAAUAUUUACAGUGCAACUAAAAUAGGAAAAGAAAGCUGUUUCGAGAGGAUAAUUCAAAGGUUUGGAAGAAAAGUGGUGUAUGUUGUUAUAGGAGAUGGUGUAGAAGAAGAACAAGGAGCAAAAAAAGCACGCGAUGCCCUUCUGGAGGAUCUCCAGCCACUCAGACCUCAUGGCCCUACACCACGCCUUGGAACUGGAGUACCUGUAACAGCGCUCGGCACUUUGACACCACACAGCUGCUCUGUGACCAGGGACAGUUCCAGCAGGCCCCAGUCUCACAUCAGCGCCGGCCUCCAGAACUUAGCAAUUUCCACCUGCUGAUGCGCAACUGCUGUCAGUCUUGAUCUCUGCCCUUGUGGUGAAUGGAGGACCACGUCUAUUUCUUCAGAACAGCUGUUGACUCUAGUACUGUGAAUCCAAUGAAAAUAAGCCAUGAGAAUGUUCUAGCACAGCGUAAUGUGUCUGCCACAUUAACUACACGGUUCAAACCUGUGAAGAAAGGACCUGCAAACGCUUCAGUUGUUAGCAUUUUCAAUGUGAUAUAAACAGCUUCUCCAAUACAGCAAACCUAAUUGCACAACAGAGACUGAAAUGUGUUUCCUGAAUACUAGUGGAGGAAUUUUCUUGUAAAGAAGGUUUACUUUUUGGUGUCUCAUACCCAGGGUAAUCUGUACAUCUCUACUUAUUUAUGAACAGACUUUUUUUUUAAAAAAAAAAAAAAACAGCUUUAUUGAGGUAUAAUUCACAUACCCUACAAUUCACCUACCAGACGUUUUUAACAUCAAAUAAUUGAAGAGACAAUAGCAUUAGAAAUAAGUGAUUAAAGGCCUCUGCCUCACAACGUGGCAAGUACAGUACUUUGAAUUUUAGCACAUCGCAUAGUAGUUUUAAGUAUGUCUAAUUUAAACGUAUAAUAUGUACAUCACUGAGACAAUCAUGUACAGAAAGAAUUUUUGGUGUAAAUUUGUAAUAAUGGAUGAUUCUUUUACAUAUUGUUUAGGGAAAUGAUAUUGAAAGGUAGCAAUGCCUUGAUAGUGAAGCAUGAGGCAGCAUGUGCACAAACUCAGGUGCCAUGCCUUAUCUAAGUAUUGGGUAUAAAUAUGUAGAUAAUGGAUUUUUUUUUAGAUACUGUUGUCAAGACCAAAAGCAUGGAUGUCAAGUGUCAGUAAGGAUUUUGUUUUCUAAAAUUUUUUUCUGCAUCAGUUCUUCUGAGGGCCUUGAUGAAAUAACACAGCAGUUUCUUAAACAAUUUGAAAAAAAAUGAGUUCUCCUACCACGUCACUUUUUCAUUUCCACACUAAUGUAUUAUAUGUAACUACUUGGAAAAAAUAAUUAUUCAAAUGCUUCUUCCCACAAUGAAUAUAGAUGAUAGUAGAUAUAUUUUAUUAAUAAAAUGGUUCAUGAAUUGGAGACUAACAGAGUUUUCAUGUGCUCAGAAUUAUUAUCGUGUCUGCAUUUUCUUUCGAUAAAGGAAGACACAUGAUGCUAAUCCGGAAAUCAGCAAGCCUUUGCAUUACUCCCUACGUGCAUAUUUUCUCUUUCUUCUUCCCACCCUGAGGAAAGUUCAUUGCCAUUGUCAUCACUGUGGAAACAAUGUUCCUCUCCACCUGCAUUAUGUACUACAUGACAGGCAUCAAUCUUGGGAAUUAAAAUUAUCACCUUUGUCACACCAUAAGAGUUUCUCCAAAAGUGGUCAGUUUGGCUGGGCAAUAUUUUCUCUAAUCAAACACAAUCCAUUGUCAUGAAAUUACCCUUAGGAUGAGUCUUCUCUAAUCAUAUAUUAGGGAAAUAAAACACCAGCUUUGACCCAAAGUAGCCGAAGAGCUACUUCAUUCUUUUCUGAAGUUGUGUGUUGCUGCUAGAAUUAGUCAUUUGUGAAUUAUCCAAAUUGUUUAAAUUCACAAUUGAAUUAGUUUUUUCUUCCUUUUUGCUUGAAGCAAACAGUUGACAAUUUUUUAACCUUUUCAUUUUAUGUUUUUGUACUCUGCAGACUGAAAAGACAAAGUUUAUCUUGGCCUUACUGUAUAAAGGUGUGCUGUGUCCACCAUUGUGUACAGAAUUUUUCUUCAUUAAUUUUGUGUUUAAGUUAAUAAAAUUGAUUUGUGAUGUACUGUAA